GCCCGGUUGCUGCACUGCCGACGAUCUCCGCCACACUCUUGCGAUCGAGGAUUUGGGAUUUCGUCUGAGACCGUCACUGAGAUGUCCACUGAGAUGAGGGAGGAGGCCACUCACUCGCAGGUUUGAAGCAUCCAGCCUCGAGCGGCUUGAGGGUAGCUGAGAAGAUAAUGGUGAACAUGAGUUCUUAUGGAUAUUCUUGACGUAUUUGUAAAUAACUGUAGGCAAGCUUACUGGGUAUAUAGUAUUUAGCUUUUUUGUUAAUGGAAAUGGAAGGAAAAAAUGCGAAGGUGCUGCAUAAUUCUGGACUUAACAAUUUUGAGAGGAAGAGACUGCCCUCUUCCCCACAUUUUACUUGUGUUGGCAGUAGGUUGGCUGUUCAAUCUGGAGUUGCCCAGCUGCCUUUAUCAUGUCGCAAUAUGGUUAAAGCUUGUAAUUGUGAUGCUCAGAAGUUCCUACAUCCCAACAAUCUUACUGUCAGAAAUUAUCGUAACUUCAUGAAGAGUGGCUUGCCCCAGCGGUUGUUGUUUUACCAUGACGGUGAAUGGAAGGAUUUCACUGCUGAGAUCACUCACCUGUUGCGUGAAGAUUUCCAAGCAAAGAAGGCUAUAAUUGAGAUUACACAUAUAAACCAACAGAUUUUGUUGGAUUUUGUCCAUAUGCUUCAUAUAGAUACAAAAACAGGUCUUAGCAAGCCUAUUGCUUGGAUUGAUGAGCAUGGCAAAUGUUUCUUUCCAGAAAUUUAUCAGGAAUCUUGUGUUGCACGUGGAUUCUUCGAGGGGAGAAAUGUUUAUGUUUCUAGUAUGCUAGAUGGAUCAGGAGAAAUGGAUCACGGUGUGGUCUUUUCAAGUGCUUCUGAAAGUUCAAAUAUAGGACGCCCUCAUGACGAUGAAAAGGUCAAGGAUGUUGAUCCUGUUAGUGUAAUAGGAGAGAAUGAACCGUGCUCUUUGUAUUCAGCAAAUGUAUCAUAUUCAGGGUCCGUGCAGGCGAAAAAAACUGGAGCAGAUUAUAUUUCAGAUAUCUUGGGUUCCAUCCAGAGUCUUUUUCUGUGUGGAAUCUACCCACAUGUUAAGGCCAAUGAUGUAGUUAGCAUCUCAAGGACACCUACUGAUAAUACAUUUGGAGAAGUUUGUUUGCAAACUUUCCAGAAGCAGGUUGAGAUCGUAAAGAGUCUUCGCGGUGGUAGUGCUAAUGUACGGUAUGCAUGGUUGCCUGCCAGCAAGUCUGCUGUGGAAGACAUCUUGUUGCGAGGGGCAAGGAGAUUUGAAAAGCCAGUUCGUGGUACUACAUAUGGACUGGGCAUUCAUCUUGCUCCAGUAAACUGCUCCAAUGUCUGUGCUAGCUAUUCAGAUGUUGACGAAAAUGGAUUGUCUUAUAUGAUGCUAUGCCGCAUCAUUAUGGGCAAUGUGGAAGUUGUUCAUCCUGGGUCCACACAAUUUCAGCCCAGUAGUGAGAAUUUUGAUAGUGGCGUGGAUGAUCUUACAGCACCAAAGCAUUAUGUCGUAUGGGAUAAGAAUAUGCAUACUCACAUCUACCUAGAAUAUGUUGUGACUUUCAAGUUACCUUCUGAAGCUAGAGAGUUUAUUUUUGGAAAAGAAAGGACAAUUAAUUCCACAAUUACUGAUGGUACUUCUCCUGUUCCACCGAUUAAGGUAGGGAAUGAUAACCCGACACUUAGAUCAGCCAACAAUGUACAUGGUAUAUCUGAUUCUUUUGGUAGAGAUCCAAAACCAACAUCGCCAUGGAUGCCCUUUUCUAUGUUGUUCGCUGCAAUUUCAACCAAAGUUUCUUCUCAAGAUAUGGAUCUUGUUAAUAAACAUUAUGAAGAAUUCAAGAAGAGACAAAUAUCUAGGCUCGAUCUGGUUAAGAGGUUGAGGCACAUCAUUGGUGAUAAACUUUUGAUAUCUACUAUAAUGAGGCUUCAGCGCAAGUUGCCUCCAUUGGCGAGACAAGAGGUGUCAAGGUCGGGGUGCAAAAAGCUUCAAACAAAGCCUUAAAUUUGGUGAGCUGAAAUAUAAGGUUUUACGAGUAAGAAGUUUCAAUGUGAGCUGACCUUUUCUUGUGGACUUGUUAGUUUAGAAUGCUUGGAUCAGAUCUGUCGAAAUGAAUUAGUAUAAUCUGGACUUAGUUUUCUUCUAUGUUGAUAUUUGCCUUUUAUGAUCUGCUAAAGUAGCUGUAAAUGAUAGGUAACGUUUUAAGGUUGACUAAAAUACUCUCAUCUAUAUUUUGGUGUCAUUAUUCCCCUGAUUACGCUAUUUUUGUGUUA